UAAAACAUCCUGCUAGAUCCAAUCCAGCUCCAUGUUGAGUUCAGGGACGACAUUUGGCUGCUGUCCAGAGAGAUAAGUGUGUCCUUGUUGUUAUUUUUUAUGAGUGCGUGAGGUAGGCAGGACGCCGCAUCCUCCGGAGCUUCAGUGGUGAAUGGACUCAGAAGGUUGUACACCUCUGGAUGAAUGAACAGCUUUUAGGAUACCUCAAGGAAACUUUUUUAAUCAGUUUUCGGGAUGUGUAUCCAGUGACACUUGGGUUUUCACUGUGAAUGCUCUCUGGAUUAUUUAACUUGAAGCUCUGCUUUGGAUUUAUCUGAUUAUUCAACUGUAUGCAUUGCUGAAGUGGCAGCUGAAAACAUGGCACUUUAUAUAGAAGGUCUGAAUAAAGGAGUGGCCAGAGGAGGGAUGGCUCAGUUCCAGGAAAUGAUGCGGCAGCAGCUGGAGAGCUCCAUGCACUCGGAGCUGGAGAAACUGCUGGACACCACCACAGGCGCAGAGAGAGAGGUGUCCAGGAAAGACUUUGAGGGCUUCAAGAAUCUCUUCCACAGAUUUCUGCAGGUGAAGGGGCCGUCAGUAGAAUGGAUCAAGAUACAGAGACCUCCAGAGGACUCGAUCCAGCCCUAUGACAAGGUCGCUGGCCGAGGCCUGCCGAACAAUGUGGCUGACUGUCUGAACAAGCUGGUGGUGGUGAAGCUGAACGGAGGCCUGGGCACCAGCAUGGGAUGCAAAGGCCCCAAGAGCCUGAUCAGUGUCCGCAACGAGAACACCUUCCUGGACCUCACUGUGCAGCAGAUAGAGCACCUGAACAAGACGUACGACACAGACGUGCCGCUGGUCCUCAUGAACUCCUUCAACACAGACGAAGACACAAAGAAGAUCCUGCAGAAGUACACACACCACCGCGUCAAGAUACACACCUUCAACCAGAGCAGGUACCCUCGCAUCAACAAAGAGUCCCUCCUCCCCGUGUCCACAGACCUGAGCAUGACUGGGCAGAGCGCAGAAGGCUGGUACCCUCCGGGGCACGGCGACAUUUACGCCAGCUUCUACAACUCAGGCCUGCUGGACCAACUGAUCUCGCAGGGCAAGGAGUACAUCUUUGUCUCUAACAUCGACAACCUGGGAGCCACUGUCGACCUCCACAUCCUGAACCACCUGGUCAGCCAGCCAAAUGGCAAGCGCUGCGAGUUCAUCAUGGAGGUGACGGAUAAGACGCGCGCUGACGUCAAGGGUGGCACGCUGAUCCAGUAUGAAGGCAAACUGCGUCUGCUGGAGAUCGCCCAGGUGCCCAAGGCCCACGUGGACGAAUUCAAAUCAGUUUCCAAGUUCAAGAUCUUCAACACCAACAACCUGUGGAUCUCGCUGGCUGCCAUCAAGAGGCUGCAGGAGCAGAAGGCGAUGGACAUGGAGAUCAUUGUCAACCCCAAGACGCUUGAUGGUGGGCAGAACGUCAUCCAGCUGGAGACAGCGGUUGGCGCUGCCAUCAAAUGCUUUGACAACGCCAUGGGCAUAAACGUGCCUCGCAGCCGCUUCCUGCCUGUAAAGACCACGUCGGACCUGCUGCUGGUCAUGUCCAACCUGUACAGCCUGGACGCCGGCUCUCUCACCAUGAGCCCCAAGAGGGAGUUCCCAACAACGCCGCACGUCAAACUGGGCAGCUCCUUCACUAAGGUUCAAGAGUACUUGACCCGCUUCGAGAGUAUCCCCGACAUGCUGGAGCUCGACCACCUGACAGUGUCUGGAGACGUCACCCUCGGGAAAAACGUUUCACUCAAGGGCACCGUCAUCAUCAUCGCCAACCACGGAGAUCGGAUUGAUAUUCCAGCCGGCUCCAUGCUGGAGAACAAAAUCGUAUCUGGCAACCUCCGCAUCAUGGACCACUGACGCCUUUUUCCACACACAAACACGUACUCAGAACCCGCCCUCAUCAUGUGACAUAGUCGACUUAAUCCCAGUCAUGUGACCUGUUUGUCAUAUUUCAACGUGUUGUGAGAGAAAGUGGCUUUUCCCUAAAGCGUGUGUGUGAUUGCAUGUGCAGUCCUACUCUGCAGUUUCAGGAUGUAUGUAGUGUACAUGGAUGAUAGUUUUUGUUGCUGGGAUAUACUGCCCUCUGCAGGCUGUUUAUUACAGAAUAUAAACCUUUAAUAGUGUUCACAAUGAGCUACUUAGAGCUGUCCUUUUAAACAAGGACUUAUAUCCAUGCUAGAGAGAAAGACAAAUCAGAUUAUUUUAUUUUUUAACUAUAGUGAUUUUUCUUCCUGCCAAAACAGACACAAAAUACAUACAAUAAUAAUAAUAGUAAUAAUAGUAAUAAUAACGGGACUAAGCAUCAAAGAAGAAACCUGAUUAUUUAAAUAUCAUCGUCAUUUUCUGUGUGCUCUUACAGCACUGCUAAUGCAAUCACAUGGUGUACUUACAUAGAGAGGUGAAGUCAUGAAAUUAUGGAAGAGUUUGGACCGUUUAUUUGAAGCACAAAGAACUCACGUGGUUCCACAAUUCAGCUGUGACAAGAUAUGUUCAAGACUGAAAUAAUGUUCAGCUGUAUUUUAGUUUAUCCAUCACUUACACCCGGGACUGGAGCCUGUUCUAGCUCACAGGAACUUCAGUUUCUAAGUCAGUGUUACAGAAAGAUUGAAACCCUUCACUGAGCCACCGUACUGCCCUAUGAUAGGUUAAAUGAAAAAUAAAAUGAGUAAGUCUUAAAGUGGAAUCAGACGACUUAUCUACAUAAAUGCUGUACUUCUACAUGGUUGUCAUUCGUUCGAGGUUUGACGGUCUAUAUUAUGUAAUGUCGCUGUGCCCUUUUCUUCUGUAAUGUUUAAUGGCAAAGUGACUGAAGAAUAGUACACUAACAAGCAUUUUCUGUAAACAGCUGCAUCUGAAAAUGAUGCUGAUGAUGAGAGCGGCGAAACUAAACCAACUGCCAGAUUAAAUGUUGGCAUUUUACGUUGCUGCAAACCACAGAUACAUUACAUUUGUACAUUAUUUGGAACGGAUAUGUUGGAAAUUUUACGAAACAAUGCCGUGGUGAAGGCAUGAUUAGGUUUAGACCCAAAAAAUGCUCAGUUAUGGUGAGUAAAAGAUCAUGUUUUGGCUGAAAACACCUACAGUUGAUGGCACUAAAGCCGCUAGAAUGGUGGCUCAGAUGCCACUGGGGAAUGAAGCAAUGUGUCAGUAGGGUCAGUGGCUCAAACACUGGUAGAAACACAGCAAGGGGUUGUCAAAACUGAUGUUUGCAACUUGGCAGCUGUGAAACAUCGAUGGAAAAUGCUGCAACUUGUCAGUAAAAAACACCCAAUAUCAGUGCCACAAACGCUGGUUGAAAUGCUGUGAAGGCUGUUUGUUUGUCUCAGCUGUCUAGGCCUCAGUCCCUCCAUACACCGUCCCCUUUACCUCCUGAUGACAGAAUUAGCCCAAUUACUACAUCACUUUACAACAUUUAUAUGCUACGUUUGAAACAUACAAAGAUAACAGAUCUGUGGUUUGCAAAAACAAACAAUGUGAACAUUACCUCCUGGUGACCGGGCUGGACUUAAAGCAGUAAGGUUGCGGCCCAGAAAACCAAAUCUGUGGGGUUGUCUAUGUAAGUGACACCUUUCAAAUCCAUCAUUUGAUUUAUUGUAUUAAAAUACAUAUUUUUAAUCAGAGCAGCUUCAAGUUAAUUUUACUGGAUAACAGUAAAUUAUGAAUUUGUGGAACCAGUCAGAAAUUCCAUCUCAUGUGAGGUUUUCUUCCAGAGCAAUGACAGCUACGACUUCUACUUAAUAGUGUUGAACAUACCUCUACUAGAUGUAGUUACACCUCCAGAGUCCAGGCUAACCUCAUCUUCAUCCCAAAGCUCUCAGAUGUUUGUGCCAUAGAAGAGAAACUAACAUGUAAACAACUUGUUUGGUACCCUGGCGCUUUUUCAAGACUGUAACGAUCCAGGCACGAUUGCAAUGCCCUGAAAUGACAUGUAAUAAGUGAUAUAUCAUGUUAAAGUGAAGGCCUUUAUCUGUACAGUUCCUGUGUGAUAUAGAUGAUGAGUUACACCACGAUAUUGUGCAUUAUUUUUGUUUUUAUCCAGUAUGUUUGCUCACAUUAUGACCUUAAUGUUGUAUGCCUCCAUUACGCUGUCAAAUCUCUCCUGUCUCCUCUGUCCAUCACCUCACUCAGCGUUAUCUCUUCACAGGAGGUACAACACUUCCUGCAGCAUCGGUUUACACACACACACACACACACAUACACACAGAUUCAGACAUUUUUAAAACACAAAGUUUCAGUGUGAGAAUACUUGAGAUGGGUCUGACACUCGCAGACCGGAAGCCUGAAAGCAAUAAGUGUUUAUCUGUGACGGUGUCGAGGUCUCUGCCCGGCUCAGUUCUGCCUCCUCAGAGCUGAAUAAAGUGCAAUAUGAAAUAAUGA